AUGAAUGGUGCUCAAAAGAUUAUUAAACUUGACGAAAGUGUUGUUAAUCGUAUUGCAGCCGGAGAAAUUAUUCAAACACCAUCAAGUGCUCUAAAAGAAUUAAUUGAAAACAGUUUGGAUGCACAUUCACGAAAUAUUCAAAUAACAGUUAAAUCAGGUGGAACAAAAUAUCUACAAAUAUCAGAUAAUGGCACCGGAAUUCUUCGCGAAAAUUUACCAAUUCUAUGUGAGCGUUUUUCAACGAGUAAACUUCAAAAUUACAGCGAUCUUCAAUCAAUAAAUACUUACGGAUUUAGAGGAGAAGCAUUAGCAUCAAUUAGCCUUGUCAGUAGAUUGAGCAUCCAAACAAAAACAAGGGAUCAAGAAUGCGCUUUUAAAGUGAAAUAUGAGAACGGAGCUAUAACUGAAGGCCCAACUCUUGUUGCUGGAAAUCAAGGAACAAUCAUCAGUAUUGAAGAUAUUUUUUAUAAUAAUCCAAUAAGAUUAAAAACGUUAAGUUUACCUUCAGAAGAAUUCCAGAGAAUUUUUGAAGUAACUUCCAAAUAUGCCAUUCACAAUCAUCAAGUCUCAUUUUCACUUAAGAAAUUUAAUGAAAAUAACAGCAUUAAAACUCUUCCAAGUGAUUCUCCUGUAAACAUCAUACGAACGAUUUAUGGAAAUGAAGUUGCCAACUCACUCAUUGAUAUAAAUUGUGCUGACACCAAGUUGAAGUUUGAAAUGAGUGGAUUUAUUUCUAAUGGAGAAUAUUCAGGAAAGAAAAGACAUUUUCUAUGUUUCAUUAAUCAUCGUUUAGUCGAGUCUAAAUCAAUCAAAAAAGCAAUUUUUGAUGAAGUUUAUGUUAAGAUUUUACCAAAUAGUUCUCAUCCCUUCAUUUACAUAAGCCUUGAAAUGGAUCCUAAAAAUAUCGACGUCAAUGUUAGUCCAACAAAACAUGAAGUGAAUUUUUUAAAUGAAGAAUUAAUUGUUUCAAAGAUACGUGAAACAGUCGAAGAGAAACUUUUAGCAUUACGUGAAGUGAAAAAACUUUUCCUGCAACAACUUUUACCCAAUGCUUCUAAAGUAGUUGCAACUGACGUGUCCUCAGAUGAAAGUAAUAAAACUUACGCCAAAGAUUUUGUGAGAGUUGACGCUAAAAGCCAGAAAAUUGUUAAAUUUUUUCACGCAAAACAAAAUAUUAACAAAUUAAGUCAAAUCAAUCACAGUCAAUCGUUUGAAAAUUCUCAAUCGCACUAUAAAACAUGUUUGAACGAAAGUAAAAUCUCUGAAAAAGAUUGUAAUCUAACAUCUAUCAAUGAGCUCAAGGAUGAAAUUAUAUCUAGAACAGAGGAAGAUCUACGUGCACAAAUACAGAAAAUGACAUUUGUCUGUUUGGCGAAUGAAUCCAAAGCAUUAGUGCAAUGUGGAACAAUUCUCUAUCUUUGUGACACGUACAAAUUAAGCCUUGAACUUUUCUAUCAGAGAGCUGUCGAAAGUUUUGGAAAUUACGAUAAAAUUGAUCUUGCAAAGCCGCUUCCAAUUUAUGAUAUUGCAUUGAUUGGUUUUGAUAUGAAGGAAUGUUGUUGGGAAGAAUCUGAUGGACCCAAGACAAAACUUGCUGAACAGGUUGAAGUUUUUCUUAGAGAGCAGAGAGAAUUAUUGCAAGAAUGUUUCAACAUUACAAUUAAUAGUAAUGGAGAUCUUGAAUCUUUACCUCAACUUCUUCCAAUGCAUGUUCCAAACAUUUCUUAUCUGCCAAUUUUCAUUAUUCGAUUGGCAACAGAAGUUGAUUACGAAGAAGAAAAAUAUUGUUUUAAGUCAAUUAUAAAGGAACUCGCAUCAUUUUAUGCCAAACAUUCCUUCACUUCUUGCAAAAAAGACUCUCAUUUCUUGUGUGAAUCAAUUCUUUAUCCUGCUAUCAGAAAAAAUCUUCUCCCACCCACAAAAUUUUAUAAAAACGGCACUUUGUUAAAAUUGACAUGCCUGCAACAACUCUAUAAAGUCUUUGAACGAUGUUAA